GCUUUCCUCCCUGAUCUGUCAGCCUGCUGCCUUGGCGCCUCCCCUCUCCUCUAUAAAUGAACCAAGUCUUUUCAUUGCGCUCACAGCGCGCCUGCUGAACUGAGAGGAACUGGCAGCUCCUCGGGAUGCGUUAACAGAGCAGAAUUUCUCCUCAGCUUUGCUUUCCUCUCCUCUCUCCAUCUCCGCACUAUUAACUCAAACGGCUUCUGUUAGAUUUUUUUUUGGUUGCUGUUUUAUUAUUGCUGCCUCCGUCGGUUAUCGAAGAUGAAGGCUGUUACUCCAGUCCACCCCCAGGACUCCUCCUCCUCCUCCUCCUCCUCUUCCUCCUCCUCCUCCUCCAGCCAGCUCUCCCUGCACUAUCUGUCGAAACAGAGCCUGAACAUCUCCCGGUGCAGGAUGGAAGAGGAGGACCUGUUCUGCCUGCAGUACGACAUGAACGACUGCUACAGCCGCCUGAAGCGCCUGGUGCCCACCAUUCCGCAGGAUAAGAAAGUGAGCAAAGUGGAGAUCCUCCAGCAUGUUAUAGACUACAUCCUGGACCUGCAGCUGGCCCUGGAGACGCACCCUUCCCUUCAGAAGCAGCAGCCACAGCGGAGCUGUCCGCCUGUAGCCUCCAACCCCAACAGGACGCCGCUGACGGUGCUCAACAUUGACCAUCACCAGAGGACAACAAUGGUGAAAAAACCAGAAGAUUCACUUUUAUGCCGUUGAGACAUCAAUGCUGCAUUUGGUGUGCAGGCAGCGCAGAGCCGCUCCAAAAGUCAGCGAAGCUUCGCCAGGAACUCACACCCAACUGAAGGCACAGUCACAAGGGGGGUUUGCAAAAACCAAUGGGAGAAACUAAACCGAAAUAAAGUCUUUUUAUUUUUAUCAGAUUUUUCCCUCCACAUGUUUUGAAAUUAUUAUUUUUGAUUCUGAGGAAAAAUGGACUCAUCCUUCUGGCUGUUUUAAUUUCCUUAGUCAGUUUCUUCUUUAAAUUGUGAAAGCAUCCAAUCCUCUCACAGGUUUUUUUUUGUUGUUGUUGUUUUUUGGACACUAAUUUACAGCAGCAAUGAAAACGGAUUGUGAAUUGUGCUCCAGUUUAAAGCUUUACUACACUGCAAAAAGAAAAAAAAAAUCAUUGUAUAUGUUUUGCACAUCUAUUGUUUAAAAUAGAUGAUUUGUGUUUGAAAAGGGACGCUGUCCCUGGUACUUUGUAAAGAAGAACAAUUCCGAUUCGAGACAAUUAAGCUUGUAAAUACAGAGACACAAAUGUUCUAUUAAGGUAUGUGAAAGGACUUAUAUGCUUAAAUAGACUAUUGUAAUUAUUCUAAGAUAUUUUUUAUUGAAAACCUUGUUGUUUUUUUGCAGUUCUGUAAAUAUGGUGUUUCCACUUUACUGAAUGAACUUGUUUAUGCUCUGCCAAUAAUGUCCUCACAUGAUGAUAUCAUUAAACUCUUUGCAGUGUUUGAAAUAGUUUGAAAUGUAGCAUGUCAGGCUCAUCCCAGAGAUGCUGAAUGUGCACUGAAGCGGCCGCUACUGCUGUGUCCAUGCAACCUUAUUUGGCUUCUCCCCUGAAAUAUUUUCUUUUUUUUCACCCCUGAGUUCCCCUCAAAAAAAAUAAGUGUCUUAAAAUUGAUUUGAUUCCGCACACAAAUAAUUUCCCUACAAAGCACUGCUGUGAGGGGAAAACCACCAUCAUCUCUGAGUUUUUCCUUAGGAAAACGAUUAUUGGAAAACGAUUCAACUUUUCUGUUAAUUGGUAAAACAUUUCAACAAACAGUCGAUGUGUUUCGGUUGAGAUGAUUGUCCUGCUGGUGUGUCGGCAGCCUUUAUUAGUAUAAACUUGGAUGAGAUUCAGCACUGAAUUUACCUCACCACCCUCUGCCAUUGCUAGAGGGAACUUGUACGUUACGGUCUACUGCACUGUUGGACUUGACCACUGGCUUCAGAGGAGUUGUCGUAACCAUUAAAAUUUCCCAGAAGAA